AACGAUUGAUAGUAACAACGAUUGUCUGAGUUAUUACUACGAAAACAUUUGUUAACGAUAGAAUUCAAUAAAUGAGUACUCUAUAAAUUUAAGGAUUGGAUUACAAUGUAAGUUGUUUGUCUGCUUAAGAAGAAAAUAAAUAAAAAUGUGGGCCAACAAUCCAGUUUUGUUACUCUCUCGUAAGAAACAUCCAUGGAUAAGUACAUUAAUUCUUAGUUGUUACUUAACGAUCACCUUUGCUGCAAUACUUGUAGCUAUAGCAUUAUUAUAUCUAUCAUUAAAAAUAAAAGUACUCACAUUAUGGGAUUUGAUUUUACUGGAACCAUUUCUUAGAACUGAUAAUACCAUUUUAUUUUCGUUUUCAAUCCUGACAAUAGCAAGUACUACUCUUGGAUUAAUUUCAGCCUUUGCAUGUUCACAAAGAGGUCUAUUAACGAGUAUGGGAAUAGUGUUAAUAAUGUUCCAUAUUGUCAAUAUAUACGUAAUAAUGUUUAGAGUACAAAAUUUUAUCUCUGCAUCAAGCCUUUAUCAUCUUUUGGACAAUACAAUGCAAAAUAAUCCUGAUAAUUUGCCACUGCAUAUAAUGCAAAAAAGUCUUUCUUGUUGCGGAAUUCAUUAUUACUACGAAUGGAAUGAUUUACACAAAGUUAUUCCAGAAUCUUGUUGUAAUAAUGGGACUAUUUGUAAUGAUAAUGAGCCAACGUUAUUUAAAAUUGGUUGCUUCGAUGUUAUUACUAAAAUAUUACGGGAAGCUUAUGAAGAAUCAAUUGAAAUUAUUGUAACAUUAGAUGUUUUUUUCGUAAUUAUAUUAUUUACGGGGUAUUUCUAUUAUGCAACUAUGCAGAAAACAAAACAAAAGAAGAACAUGGAAUUUAGUGUAUUACCAAGAAUACCGACACAUGCGAAUAAGCAACGAACAGUAUCUACGUUGGACAAUAAUAUAGUCCGAGGAGGAAACAAUACAAUUCAAAACAAUAGUUCUAACGUUCACAAUUCCGCUCACCUAACUAAUCAAAAUAUGGAACCGAUAUACCCUUAUUUAUCCAUGCCUGAACCAAACAUUUAAAUACACUAAUGUCUAAACAACUUUAAUUAAUUUUAAUUGAUUUAAAUAUUAAUCAUCGUUAUUAAAACCUGUAAAAAAACAA